CAAGCUAGUGCAAUGUACCAAAAUCAGCAACGGUGAAGAUAUGACCUUUACUCUAGCACAUACAAUCCAGGUUGGCGUGAUCAUCCCAAUUUCAGCUAUGCCAACAAGCAAGCUGCAGCGAAUCCUACUUCCAAUCAACAAGAUAAGCAAAAGACGGAGAUGGCUAUGAAGGACAUGCAAACACAAAUGGGUCAACUAGAUACUACCGUGAGAAACUUGGAAGCAAAAGCAGCUGGAAAACUUCCCUCGCAAUCAUUGAAUCCUAGGGAGACUGUUAAUGCUAUUGAGUUGCGAAGUGGAAAGCAAGUAGGGAAACCGGCAACAUCACCGGAGUCCCAUGAACGUGAUUUAGAGAAAAAAGUGGACGAAGCAGUCCCUAAAAAUGAUUUGGUAAUAAAUUUUAACUCUAAACCUCUUAUUUCUACUUAUGUUACUCCUCCGCCUUUUCCUAACAGGUUUGCAAAGUCGAACAAGGAGACGUUGAACAAAGAGAUUUUGGAAAUCUUCAAGAAGAUCAAAGUGAACAUUCCAUUAAUUGAGGCGAUAAGGCAGGUUCCUCGUUAUGCAAAGUUCUUGAAGGAAUUGUGCACCAACAAGCACAAAUUGACCGGGAAUGAGGUCAAUGAGCUUAUAUUUCCUGUCGACUUCUAUGUUCUUGAUAUGAGUGAUGAAAACUCAUCCUCGUCUACACCUUUGUUGUUGGGCAAACCAUUUAUGAGAACCGCUAGAACAAAGAUAGAUGUAUUUGAAGUUACCUUGACAAUGGAAUUUGAUGGAGAGGUCGUACGCUUCAACAUCUCUGAGGUGAUGAGAUAUCCAAGCGAUGUACACUCAUGUUUUGUUGUGGAGGAAACUGACGGUGGCUAAGAAUGCAAAGGAGCUGAAAGUCG